CGCGUCCAGUCUGCCGCGAAGCGAAGCGAAGGAAGUUCUCCAGGUGGGACAGGAGAGCAGUCAGUCGCUGCCGCCCCCAGCAGUCGGCAACAGUCCGCCACCAGCCGCCGCCCCCUGGCUAUGGAGAGUGCCGCACCGCGAACUGGAUAACCCGUUCGACAGCAGAGCAACCUCCGCGACAGCGCAAGCGCCGGCAGACCCGAGGCGGCCAUGGCGGCGGUGAAAGGAAACGACAUGAGCGACGACAACUUCUCCGACGAUGACGACGAGACCACCCCCCUGUACGGCGGAAGCCAGAGAACCCAAGUUGAGACAAAAGGAUGGGAUGUCUUCCGCAAUCCACCACCAAAGAUGGACAGUGGUUCUAUGGCAAACCAGAAAUGUCUCGAAAUUACUGUUCAAAUGCUCAAAAUUGUAGCCUAUUUGCUAACCUUCAUUAUUGUCUUGGGAUCAGGGGUGAUAGCAAAGGGUACUACUCUAUUCAUGACAUCACAGUUGCGCAAGGACAAAGAGAUACUCUACUGCAACAGGGAUCUAGGAAGGGAAAAGCAAUUCAAGGCCACACUCCCAGAUGAAGAACGAGUCGCAUGGAUGUGGUGCAUAAUGAUAGCCUAUUUGGUGCCUGAAGUGGGUUCAUUUAUUCGUUCCGCUAGAAUUUGUUUUUUCAAAUCCAGCAAAAAGCCUACAGUCCCAGAAUUCUUAAUUGUUUUUGUCAUGGAAAGUUUACAUGCUGUUGGAAUGGCUAUCUUGUUAUUUUGUGUGCUUCCAAAUCUCGAUGUUAUUAAAGGAGCCAUGCUUACUAACUGUGUGUGUUUUGUACCUGGCCUUCUCGGAAUGCUAUCAAGGAGCGGCAAGGAAAGCAAAAGAUUCAUCAAAGUUAUCAUUGAUCUUGUUGCAUUAGCUGCACAAGCAACUGGAUUCAUAGUGUGGCCCAUGUUAGAAGGUGGUCAGAAACCCCAGCUAUGGCUGAUUCCAGUUUCUGUAAUAUUUAUUUCUUGUGGAUGGUGGGAAAACUAUGUAGCCUUUACAAAAGAUUCUCCUCUUGGGUUUACAAAAUCACUAGGCAAAAUGAUUGAAAGACUGAAAGAAACGCGGUACUUCAGCUAUGUUUUUAUUUCUCUUUGGAAGAUGAUAGCAUUUUUCUGUUCUGUAGUGUUCAUAUUGUUCCUCCAAGAAGAAAAUGUUGAUGGAUUCUUUUCAUUGGUUCCAAAUGCCUUCGGUGCACACAAAAUUCUUGUAACUGAGAUAAAAGCAGUAACUAUACCUGAUAGUCUACCAGACUUGCAUGAUGCUGUUUCAACAGGUGAAACUGUAGAUAUUGAUGCCUGGAACAACACAGCAUUCUAUGUGCUUCUAAUACAUAUUCUGGGAGCAUAUCUGUGUUACAUUUUUGGAAAAUUUGCAUGCAAAAUUCUGAUUCAAGGAUUCAGCUAUGCAUUUCCAGUAAAUCUGACAGUUCCUGUCUGUAUCUCAUUGUUGAUUGCUGCCUGUGGUGUGCGAAUUGGAGAUCCAUGCUUCUUUCACAAUGUGAUACCUGACUACCUGUUUUUUGAAUCUCCUCCUGUGUUUUCACUUUGGUAUUCUAUUUAUAGCCAGCAUGCAUGGAUAUGGCUGCUCUGGUUGUUAUCACAAACUUGGAUAACUAUACAUAUAUGGACUCCAAAGGCUGAACGUUUAGCUACAACAGAGAAAUUAUUUGUAACCCCAAUGUAUAAUUCUCAUCUCAUAGACCAAUCACUUGGACUCAACAGAAGGCGAGAUGAUCAGGCUGAUGUUAAGACUGAGGAACUUGCUGACAUUGGAAAUGAUGAUUAUUAUGAGAGCAUUUCAGUGCAUUCUACAUCAAGUAGUAACUCACCCAAGAGCAAUGUUAAAUCAUCUGACAGCAUUACAAGGAUCUAUGCAUGUGCAACCAUGUGGCAUGAAACAAAAGAAGAAAUGAUGGAAAUGUUAAAAUCAAUUCUGCGAAUUGAUGAAGAUCAGUCUGCUAGAAGAGUUGCUCAAAAAUAUCUCCGAGUUGUUGAUCCAGACUACUACGAAUUUGAGACUCACAUUUUCUUUGAUGAUGCAUUUGAAAUCAGUGAUGAAAGUGAUGAUGAUAAUGUUGUGAAUCGAUUUGUCAAGCUGUUGGUGGAUACAAUUGAUGAAGCUGCAUCUCUUGUACAUGAAACAAGAAUAAGAGUACGACCACCAAAAAAAUACCCAACACCUUAUGGAGGACGUCUUGUUUGGACACUACCUGGGAAAACAAAGAUGAUUGCACAUUUAAAGGACAAGAGUAAGAUCAGACACAGGAAGCGAUGGAGCCAGGUCAUGUACAUGUACUAUUUGCUUGGACACCGACUCAUGGAGCUACCUAUUCCUGUGGACCGAAAAGCAGUGAUAGCACAGAAUACAUAUUUAUUAACGCUUGAUGGAGAUAUUGAUUUUCAACCUCAUGCUGUACAUUUGUUGGUUCACUUGAUGAAGAAGAACAGAAAUCUGGGAGCAGCAUGUGGCCGCAUCCACCCUGUUGGUUCUGGACCCAUGGUGUGGUAUCAGAUGUUUGAAUAUGCCAUUGGACAUUGGCUGCAGAAGGCAACAGAACAUAUGAUAGGCUGCGUCCUGUGUAGCCCUGGAUGUUUCUCUCUCUUCAGAGGGAAGGCACUUAUGGAUGACUGCGUAAUGAACAAAUAUACAACAAGAUCAGAGGAAGCUCGACACUAUGUGCAAUAUGAUCAAGGUGAAGAUAGAUGGCUCUGUACACUACUUUUACAAAGAGGAUACCGAGUAGAAUAUUCAGCAGCCAGUGAUGCUUACACACACUGUCCUGAGGGUUUCAAUGAAUUUUAUAACCAACGGCGUCGAUGGGUACCUUCAACUAUGGCCAACAUUAUGGACCUUCUAAUGGACUCCAAAAGAACAAUUAAAAUAAAUGAUAAUAUCUCAUUACCAUACAUAGGAUACCAAAUUUUACUGAUGGGUGGUACCAUCCUAGGUCCUGGAACCAUAUUCCUUAUGUUGGUAGGAGCUUUUGUGGCAGCAUUCCACAUUGAUAACUGGACAAGCUUCCAAUAUAAUAUUAUUCCCAUACUUCUCUUCAUGUUAGUAUGUUUUACAUGCAAAUCAAGUUUACAGCUACUUGUGGCCCAGAUUUUGUCAACAUGCUAUGCACUGAUUAUGAUGGCUGUCAUCGUGGGUACAGCUCUGCAACUCGGUGAAGACGGCAUCGGUUCACCGUCAGCAAUUUUUCUCAUUGCCUUGUCUGGAUCUUUCUUCAUUGCUGCCUGCCUUCACCCUCAAGAAUUCUGGUGCAUUGUUCCUGGAAUAAUUUACUUGCUUUCUAUUCCAUCUAUGUAUCUCCUUCUUAUUUUGUACUCUCUCAUCAACCUGAAUGUUGUUUCAUGGGGAACAAGAGAGGUUGCAGUGAAGAAAACAAAGAAGGAAAUAGAGCAAGAAAAGAAAGAAGCUGAAGAAGCAAAGAAGAAAGCCAGGCAAAAGUCUCUCUUGGGCUUUCUUCAAGGAGGUGGUGGAGGUGAUGACAAUGAAGAAGGAUCCAUUGAAAUCUCCUUCGCUGGCCUCUUCAAAUGUAUGUUUUUCACGCAUCCCAAACCAAUUGAUGAGAGGCAACAGCUCCUCAGAAUUGCAGAAUCUCUGGAUUCUCUUGGAAAGCGUUUGGAAACAAUGGAAAGAGUCCUGGAUCCAAGCGGUCAUGUCACUGGUCGCAGAAGAACAACUUCUGUGAACAGUAAAGAUCAUCAUUUAGGAUCACUGGCUGAAGAUCCAGCUGAAGAGGAUCAAAUUCAUGAUGAAGACAGUGAGACAGAAGCCUCUGAACCUAAACAAGAACGUGAUGAUAAUGUGAAUCCUCUAUGGAUAGAAGACAAAGCGUUGAAGAAAGGAGAGGUGGAUUAUAUCUCUCAGGCAGAAAGGCAGUUCUGGGAAGAACUUCUGGAAAAGUAUCUGUAUCCAAUUGAUGAGGACAAGGCUGAGAAGGCAAGAAUUGCUGCUGAUCUGAUAGAGCUACGGAAUAAGUCAGUGUUCGCCUUCUUCAUGUUCAAUGCUUUGUUUGUGCUUAUUGUUUUCUUGCUGCAACUGAAUAAGGACAUGCUACAUAUUGACUGGCCACUUGGAGUCAAGACAAACAUCACCUAUAUCGAAGAGACAGCAGAGGUUCACAUAACCAAAGAGUAUCUGCAGCUUGAGCCCAUUGGUUUGGUAUUUGUGUUCUUCUUUGCUUUGAUUUUGGUGAUACAAUUUGUGGCUAUGUUAUUUCACCGAUUUGGAACACUGUCACAUAUACUUGCAUCCACAGAACUUAGGUGGUGCUUUAACAGAAAGAAGGAAGAUCUGUCACAGGACUCUAUAAUAGACAAAAACUUCAUGGAAAUAGCAAAGAAUAUGCAGAGAUUACGUGACUUAGAUGGUGAUUAUGAGAAUGACUCAGGUGCUCAGAAACCUGAACACAGGCGGACUAUCCAUAACUUGGAAAGGCAGAGAAAGAAGACAAGGACUAUUGGAACACUUGAUGUUGCUUUCAAACAGCGCUUUUUCAAUAUGACAGCUGAUGGGAAUGUUCCAGGUACUCCCGUUCUUGGAAGGAAGCUAACAAUGAGGAAAGAAACUAUUAAAGCUUUGGAGGUCCGGAGAAAUUCAGUAAUGGCAGAGAGGCGGAAAUCUCAAAUGAAAACACUUGGUGCUAGUAACGAAUAUGGGCUCACUGGUAACAACAACAUAGUACCACCACCUCGCAGCCACAGAGCUUCUUCUGCAAGCAUGAGUGUGAAGGAUAUGUUUGAAGUCAAUGGUGGUGGUCAAGUGAAUCGUGCUUAUGAUGGCCUUUCAGAAGUGAACACAGACCCAAGGGUUAGUUCUGUUAGAAUACAAAGCAAUGGCAGGAAUGGAGUAAGCUGGAGAGAUUCAGAGGGUCAACGGAUGUAAACAGCUGACACAUGCAUAUAAAAAAUCUUGUGGUGAAGACUUCUGAAUAAACAAUCAUUAGGUGGUCAAAACGCUUAUUACAUUAGAAUGGAAGCUCAUAAUUUUAAGAGAUUCUAAAUGAGACUGAAUGUUUCAAUAAAUAUUGAAGUUCCAUGUGAGAAACAUGAGUCACUGUAAUAUUUUAUUUAUUAAAAAAAUCUGAUGCUGUAGUUAAUUUAAACAAUUAUCCAUAUAAUAUCCGAAAUUAUGAAAUUAUUCCCUCACCAAUGCAAUAAAACUGAGAGAUUAUCCAGCAAAUUAGACUUAUCUCAACAAUUACACUGCCAGUAAUGUAUUUUUGUAGUUUCCUCAUGAUAUGCUGAUGAUAGUAAUCAAAGAUAACAACACUGAAUUAUCAUUAUUAAAAAAAUAGAUUCAUCACUGUCAUAUUUCAUGUUAAUGAAGCAGUUUCAGUCAUAUUUAUUCCUCAAAUAUCUGCUCAGCUUAUGUCAAUGGCAGCAGCAGACAAUGAAUUGUUUCAAAGUAACACAACUAUUUUCCCUUAAGGUGUGUGUGUGUGUGUGUGUGUGUGUGUGUGUGUGUGUACGUGUGUGUGUGUGUGUGUGUCUGUGUGUAUGUGUGUAUCUGUUUUGGAAGCUGAAGACAUAAUUAAAAUGAUGUUUCAGCCCAUAGUGAUUGUUUCACAAAGAAUUGAAUAUCCUCUACAUUUUGUACAAUUUUUGAUUAAGAAUAAAUAAUGUUUCCUUAA